AUGAACGCAUUUGCCUCCGACUCCCCUUACAUGGUAUCGACCAUCACUCAGCCAAGAUCAAAUGAACGUACCACCUCCCAUACCCCCGAAAGAUCCUCCCCGGAUUCGAAAAAGCCAAUGAUGAACGAGCUCCAGAUGCUCAAAGAUAAGAUCAACCAGAUUGAAGCGUCGAUAGCAGUGGCUGAUCUGAGUCAACCAAGGAUCAAUUCGGCCACGCCAAUGCCUCCGCUAACAAAUCAGCUCCCCGGAUACAAGACACCAUUGCCUCCUAUUCAGCUUUGGGGCCCCAACAAAUCUCAGAAUCUUCCGCCAUUGACCUCAUCCGUGAGCUGGGGCUCAAUGCUCUCCGACAGCGGAUCAAGCGCUAUUGUCCCAUCGGACUCGGGCAUGAACCCAGCCGACGCUUUUAAUUUCUACGAUGGCUACGUUUCCGUCCACGCUCUCCAUUGGCGUGUAAGCAAUCAUGGACCGCUCAUGUGGAUUACCCUUGUUCGCAAAGAUCCGUACUUACAUCCAUUAUGGUACAGAAUUGUCGAAUUCCGAAGAAGAAACAAGCUUUCAGAGUUUUUUGCUUCGCAGGUCAGCACCACGUCACAAAAACAGGAGAAACAGUUCAGACAAAAGGUUUACGAAACGGAAGGUGUUGUGGAUGUGUUACCAUUCCGAGAAGCUAAGCUGGAACACAAAAGGAGUGACUUGGACCCUCCCAAAAAGACUCAGGAUGCAAAAGAAGGAUUAAAUCUUUAUGAUGAUAAAACGCAACCAGACAACUCAAUCAUGGUGCAAAUCAAAAAAGCUUUGCCAAAGAAGAAGGUCCUCUGGUUACUGGUGGACCGGUACUUUAGAUACGUGUACCCUUUCUUGCCCUAUUUGGAUGAAGAGUCGUUCAUGCUCAAUGUGGAAGAAGUUGUUGGUACUCGAUCAUUUGAGGAUUCCAAGAUAAGGACAGUCAACAUUGAAAAAAGAUUACAUUUUGCAACUGUUGGAACGUUGCUGAUUGUUUUGCGAUUAGCAUAUCUUUCACUUGUUGCCAAUCAUGAGGAUCCAAGGGAUUUCCCUGAGAGAACGGAAGAAGAAAGGUACUUACUUCAAAAUCCAAUAGAGAUCGAAACCAUUACCGUUGCUCAAUCUUGCUUGAAUCAGUUCAAAUUGCUGAAACGAUGCGCUCUUAGUGUUUUCCAAUUUGCACUGAUGAUGAAGGAGUAUCGGUUUUUUGCCCCGGAAGAUGGUACUGACGGUUUUGGAGACGGUGAAGGACAAUGCUUUCUUGGAUUGUUGAUCCAAAUGGCCAUUUCUAUUGGUCUUAAUAGAGAUACAACGAAAAUAUCCGGGUUGGAGAGCUCGCGCAAAUUGGAAAACAUAUGGAGGAAGAUUUGGUACGGAUUGGUUUCCAGCGACGUUUAUCAGGCAACUCAAUUGGGAAAUCCGCUCGUCUUACGUGAUGAGAUGUACGAUACCAAGCUCCCUGUCUUCGAUCACGACAAUUCCAACAAUAGCGACUUGGGAUUGGAAAAAGUCGUGAUCGAGUGCCUCCAUGAGAAGCAUUCUCUUGAAGUACUUAUGAAAGAUCUCUCCAGCAAGGUACUCAGUAUGUCAAAACCUCCAACAAUUGAGGGCAUUUUUUCGAGCAUCCGUGCGAUCGAAGCAUUUAUUGAAAACAAUUUUGGGUCACUCAAAAGCAUUCUCACGCUCAACAGCAACAGUCAUUUAGAUAAUGUGCGCAAAGUUUAUCGAAUGACUGGGUUUUUGCAGGCUCGGUCUCUGAUCCAUCCCGUGCUAUCCCAUGUCUUCAUUUAUUAUGCCGGAAGAAGCAACCAGGUUGCCACCCGCUACCUUAUGAAGCUGAACAUUCCUAAAGUUGUGGAGAUCAACUCGCUUUUCGUGCAGCUGGUCAAGAAAUCUUAUCUUUUCUUUGGGUCUGGAUUUGAUCUUAUGUUGACCCCUGCUUUAGAGGCCUCUAUCCACAAGGCUUUACAGCUUCAGUUCACACUCUAUGUUCGCACGAACCAUCACAAGAAUGUGCUGAGUCUCAACAGUUCGCCCGGAUCGAUAAACCUUAUCAAGUCGAUCAACCGGUUUUCUGAAGACGGACUGAUCUCCAACAUCAAGUCGUACUUGCGAGGCUUGACGUUGAUUUCCAGCAAGUACUUCUAUGCCUGGCGAAUGAACAAGGCGCAAACAGUGAUUGUGAAGAUGUUGCAGGACGAUAAGGAUUCUGUGAGCAACAUGCAUCUGUUUGCAAACCUGUUUAAUGUGUUUGAAGGGUUCACUGCCGAGGAUUUUGACUAUUUGGCAGAGAUUGGUAACAUUAAGAAUUACACCAUUGAUCCAUUUAGUGACUCGAAGAGCUCGGCCAUCGCGGACGAUUCGGCCAGUAUCAUCACCUCGGAUUCUUUGGGCCGCACUCCAGAAGAUGUUGAUCUCGACAGUUUCUGGAGAGAGCAAUUGAUGAAACUCAACUCUUCUUCCUCCAACCCGAACCACCUUAUUCCUGCCGGGUUCGAGGUCAGCGAUUGGGUUGGAAUUAACCCUGGCGAGCCACCGCUAAGUCCUUUGCGUCCAGAAUCGAGACAGGCGUCUGCACCAUACACCAGCCAAAAUGCAGGACUCACUCAACUUUUUGAUACCUCGUCCAUUUUUGAGAGCUUCGAUCUGGGCAGUGAAUAUUUCAACACAUGA